CACAGCGUUGCACAAACACACCUCGUGGKAUCCAUUAUCCACAAUCCUCUUGCUGCACCCACACCGACGUCCUCUUUCGUUCCAGGGUGCCAACACAACGAGAAACCAGGGCACGAUUCCGUAGCAGCGCAGCGCACCGAUCCCCCGAUUGGCAACUCCGGCMUCUGCCAUGUUCAAGCCGCUCGAGAUCGUGAGCCGGCUCACCGGGUCGUCCUCCGCGAGACGCGGASCCACCCGCGACGACGACGACCAUUCGGAAGCGUCCUCGGGCUCGGAAGGCAGCGACGGGUUCGAGUCUCCGCCCCCGGAAAGCGAGGAGGAGGACAGCGACGAUCUCCCGCCGCCGAAACGUGCCAGGGGCAACAACGGGAACCAAAACGUCGUGGGCGCCUUUGAAGAAGACGAAGACGAGGAAGAAGACGACAACGACAAAGACGACGAUUCACUCGGACUCCCGAGAACCCUUUCCAGAAGCCCGGACCACACYGAAAAACCCCGUUGUUCCUCUCCCGAAUCGGACAAGAGCGACRGAGACGAAGCAAAAGCAGCGGCAGCGGCGACCUCAUCGGCCACCACCGCUGCAGCCAAAACCCCCUCUCCACAGCGUGGCGCGGGAAACCUGAACAACGUUUCGCCACCCGAGUCGGCAUCGACUGCCGCCUCUCGCUCUCCYGCGGCGAGCGAUGGCAGAACCAACAAAAGCAGCAGGAGCAGCACCAAAAACAGCGACAGCGAGAUCGAAAAAGACGGUGGUGAAACCGGUGGAAAGAAGAAAGGGAAAGCCCGCAAAAAAAGCGCCGGGACCUCCGAGAAAGCCACCGGCGGCAGAAACGCAAGGGCCAGGACAAACAUAAAAGCAAAGGCAAACGCCAACGCAACAACCGCCGCGGGGGAGACACCCGCUGCGGAGAAUGCUCCGGACCGGGGAACGAGGGGCAGCGUCACCCCGACCCCGUCCAAGGCACAUCCCCCGGCGGAGGCCGCACCCAAACCGAAAAAGAAACGCCUGUCCCCGUCCGAGCACCUCCGGGAGGAAACCCGGUUUGCCUUUGACUGCAUCCGGGACACAAUCGAGGAAUCGCUGCGGUCCAAGCGGGUCCUCUACAAAGAAACACAGCGGGAAAUCAGGGACGCCGAAGAAAAACUCCGGCGCCUCCGGGAAAGCGCAGCGGCGCUCGAGAAGGCCAUCAAGGUGGACACCGAAAAGAAAAGAGAAACCAACAAGCACAUGAACAACCUCAAGCGGGCCUGCGCCAGGGUCAUCGAAAAGGCCGCCAGGGACCGGGACGAGGCGGCGGAAAAACUCAAAACCAAGCAGGCCUCCCUCCGGGAGGCCCUCCGGGAGAACGCGAAAGCGAAGCGGGCGCUGAUCGCCGGGGGCGACGGRGGCAAGCAUCCUUCCAGGGGAGCGAGCCAAAAGAACCGCAAGCGCAAGAAACSGGAGCCGGACGGGAACGAUUCCUCGGARGACGAGGCCGCCACCGGCAGCGAGGGGGGCGGGUCCGACUCCGAUUCCGACGGCGACGACUCCGACUGGGAGGGAGCCCCCCGCCGCCGCAGGGGCAAUCCCGGCGCCCAGAAGAGCCGGGCGGGGACCACYGAAGCCGGGACGCCGGCCCGGGACACGGACGGGGAGACCCCGCGGCGCCAGACCCGYGUCCGCUCCUCGCUUUGGAAGUGCACGAGCUGCGGGUUCGAGAACCACGCCUCGAACAAGGAAUGCGUCGCGUGCGACGUCCCCAAGCCCGGGUGCUUUCCGGACCUKGAGUAGGAGGCGACGGUGGAGCUCUCUGCGCCGCCGGUGGUGCCAGAAACAGUUUGCCGAUGGCUUUGGUCAUGGAAUCGGAUCGSAAUCCGAUAGUUUCAAAGUAUGUUACUGUAUGAAAAAUGCCCCUGGUUCAAGCUAUAGUCAAAAAAAUAACAAGAACAAUAUAGAUAUUAUGGCCAU